AUGCUUCGCAUCAAGCAGCAAACUAACCCAUCAGUGACUUCGAAAGAAUCAGUUCCUCUUAAGGAAGUUUAUAUUGAGGCAUGUCUCCAUUCAUUUGCAGCCGAUGUCAAAUUAACACAAGUAUUUCGAAACGAUGAGUCCGUGCCAAUAGAAGCCGUUUAUUGUUUUCCUGUUGAAGAAAAUGCGGCGAUCUACGCAUUUGUCGCUCGCAUCGAUGAUGGCCGUGAGAUCGUUGCUGAAAUCAAGGAGAAGAAAUUAGCGCAACAAGAAUAUACACAUGCUCUUGCGCAAGGUCACGGUGCAUAUCUAUUCGAACAAGAUGAAGAUUCCAAUGAUAUAUUUGUUGUUAGCGUCGGAGCUCUGAAGCCAAAUACCGAAUGUCGCAUCACGAUUAGUUAUGUGACUGAACUUGAUCUGUUGCAUGACAAUGAGAAACCAAUAAUUCGCUUCGUUAUACCCACAACGAUUGCACCACGCUACUCACCAUCAAAUAAAGGUAUCUCAUCGCCCGGUGGAACUCAAGCGGAAUAUAUUGAAUCCGCUCCCUAUACAAUCGAAUUCGUCUGUAAAAUUGACAAAAUCGAUCAACAUGUGUCUUCUAUUUCAUCACCGUCACAUCCAAUCGUAGUUGAUUUUAAUAAUGACGAUGCUUUUAUUGUCACGUUCAGUCAACAAGGAAUACAACUCGACCGUGAUAUUAUUGUUGAUAUUGAACUGUCAAAAACCCGAACAAACACGAUUGCAGCUGUUGAAAAGGGUGCUCUUAUGGUCUCGUUUAUGCCUAAUGAAGAAGAUUGUCGAGGAAGUUCGAACGAUAGAAGAAACGAAUUUCUCUUCAUAAUUGAUUGCAGCGGUUCGAUGGACGAAGAUAACAAAAUAGGUCUCGCGUGCAAAGCGAUGCUGCUCUUCCUCAAGAGUCUUCCCACCAAUUGUUGCUUCAAUAUUGUUCGUUUUGGUUCCACAUUUUCACCACUGUUUAGCGAUCAAGUUACACGUGAAUACAAUGCUACGAACUUACAUGAAGCAGAAACAUUGAUCAAGUGUAUGACGGCCAAUAUGGGUGGUACAGAACUUCUCGAACCUUUGAAAUGGCUGAAGAAAAAUAAGCCGCCUGUGGGUUGUGCCAGGCAAAUCUUUCUGUUGACCGAUGGCGAAGUCUCCAAUGUUGAUCAAGUAACGAAUCUAUGUCGUGAUAUGGCCGCGUUUACACGCAUCUUUUCAUUCGGUCUCGGUCAUUCGCCAAGCCGAGCUCUUGUCAAGGGUCUGGCACGUGUUACCAAUGGUUAUUAUACCUUCAUUCCACCGCAGACAAAAGUCGACAUUCACGUCGCUAAACAGCUUGCACGUGCGCUUCAACCGAGCAUCAGCAAUGUACAUGUCAAGUGGAACACGAACCAAACUGUUCUUCACAGUGUACCUAACCACGCUCCGCCCGUCUUUGCCCGUGAUCGUUUGCUCUUCUAUGCAUUGCUCGAUGAAUCUAUGGCCUUUGAUCAUGCGACAACUGUCGAACUAUUUGCUGAUAUCAGUCAAAAACCACUUGGUGUGGCUCGUAUCGAUCACAUACCAUCAGUAGUCGACUCACAAACUAUCAGGCGUUUAGCAGCGAAAACCCUUUUGCAUGAACUCUUGCAUGGUGAAAAACCAGCAGCUCGGGAAUGUAUUAUUGGUCUCUCACUCAAGUAUGGGAUUCUCUGUCCGUAUACAGCUUUCAUUGGUCUUGAGCGACGACUCGAUGUUGACAGUGCGAGUAACGUGGAUAUGGAACUGCGUGAGGUGCCUAUCGUACUGAGUCCGAUGAACUCGAGUUUAAGAAGACUAUUUCCAGUGUCAUCUAGCAUAUCCUCAAACCGCAUCAGUUCAUUACGAACCGAUAUCGAUGAUAUUGUUGAUACCAUGCGAUUUAGCGAAAUUGCCUUGUUGAGCAGAGACAUGUUGUCCGAGUUUUCGUGUAAAGCGGAUAUGCUUGAAAGUGGUUCUCAUGCGUUCUACCUCAGUGCUGCAAAGCUAAAAAGGCGGAAAGGUUUUGGUUCGAUUCUUCAGCCAGCCAUUGGUUAUGUUUCAUCACUGUUCACGAAAAAAACCGGUGUUCAACCAAAUAAUUCUCGUUCGAACUCUCACAUGCACAGUACACUUUCUGCGUCACCAUCUGGCUCCAUGAUGAACAGUCCAAUAAUGUCUGCUUCAAUGGACAUAUUUCAAGCAAUUGAUAUUCAAUCGCAACAAAAGUCUGAAGUUGACUGGCCGACGGAUGAGUACGAAUUGGUAUCUCGAUUUGUAGAACUCCAACAAUAUGAUGGAUUAUGGAUGCUAACUGAGUAUGAUAUCAAACAGUUGACAGGUAAAUCUCUUGCCAACUUUUCAUCGUCCAUGGUUGAUACAAUGGAAAAGGCCAGUCGAAAUUCGGUAACGACAACGGCCUUUGUUCUUGUCUUUCUUGAGACACGUUGCAUCUCCAAGAAAACACUUUGGCAGGCAUUAUCAACCAAGGCACAUAAACGAAUAGCAGAAUUGCUUGGAGGUGAUGAGACAAAGGUUGAACAAUUGUUAAAAGAUGUCCGUGAUCAACUCAUGUGA